AUGUUGAGAACUUCGAGACAAGGCCACGAGGAGUUCAAAAGUGAAGUGUUCUUGAUUUCGAAGCUGCAACACUGGAAUCUUGUUAAAAUUCUGGGAUGCUGCAGUGAAGGAGACGAAAACAUCCUAAUCUACGAGUAUAUGCACAACAAGAGCUUGGACUAUUUCAUUUUCGGUAUGAUCAUAAUCUUUGAGCUUGCUUUUCUUCUCUUUUCUUUUACUAAUUCAAAACCAUUAACACUAGCAGAUAAUAGCAGAAGUGCAGCAUUGACCUGGCCGAAGCGCUUCGCUAUUAUUAUGGGGAUAGCGAAAGGCCUUCUCUACCUCCACCAUGACUCGAGGCUCAAAAUCAUCCACAGUGGUUAUAUGGCUCCUGAGUAUGUAUACCAAGGCAAAUUCUCUACCAAGUCAGACAUAUUUAGCCUGGGUGUAGUGAUAUUGGAGAUUGUGACUGCAAAGAGGAACAGAAGCUACAACCAUCCUUCUUGCUUUCAAAACCAGGUGAAAACAGUUUAA